UCCGGUCAAUAACAUCAUGGGGUGUGUCGCCAGCAAAUGUUCUCACACCAAUCACCGCAAGAAGACCAACGAACUGAGAGCCAAAGUAGUGGCGCUAGAGGAAGAGAUGAAGGAGAUGAGACGCGUAAGGGAGCAGGAGGCGCGAGCCUUCACGUCCAAGGAGGCGGAGUGGGAGCAGGAGAGGAGGCAGCACACGGAGGAGGCGGCCGAGCUGAGGAAGCGGGUGAUGGAAGAGGAGGAGACGGCGGCGAGAGGAAGCAGGGGGGCCAAGGAGUGGCUCCGCUUGGGCACGGAUUGCCUGGUCGAGCACCUCAAGGAGGAGCGAGCGCGGCGAGAGGAAGCCGUGGAGAAGUGGAAGCAGCUCUACCUGGCCAUCAAGACCGAGCUUGACGACCUCAUCCGAAGGACUCGACGGGAGAGGUUCUACUUGGGAGCUGAGAUCGAGCCGCUGGAGAGGGAGGCGAAAGCCAAAGAGGAGACAGUGGAAAGACUGCGAUCACGCGUGGAUAAAAUGGAGGAGGAGGCACGCAAGAGAGAUCGAGAGAUCGACAUUCUGAGGCAGAGCCUAAGAAUUCUGAGCAACGAAACGAAUCGGGAAGAAGAACGAAGCAACUCCGACUCUGGAACACCGACUUUGAGAGGAAAAUGCCGUGAACUAAAAUAAGUAGUCGAUCCAAAUCUUGCAUCAGAACCACAUAUAAAAUCCGAAAGAAUCUACUUCUUAUCAAACGUGCUGAGCUGAUCCUCUGCACUCUGAGGUUAAACGAGAAGAUUAGUGAAAGCCAAAUGAUGUCGUGUUCGGACAUAUUGUUCACAACAUAUCCGACAAAAAGAGAAAAAGAGCCUCUUUACUUCUGGAAUCUCAUUCCAGAUAGGAUGUAGAAACUCUGAUCAUUGCAAGUUAGAGUAAAAAAAGGAUAUGUCGAUUUAUCAGUUGCUCAA